AUGGAAGACUUUGUACCAUCAUUGAAUAGUUUAGUCAAAUAUUCAACACCUGUUUUAGUAUCUGUAGCUGGAAAAAACACUGGUAUAAAAGUAAUAAUAACAAAUAGGUGAAAAAAAGGAUGCCUAAGCUAAGCAAUAAGUCAGAGUCAAUAGUCCUGGAAGAGUACUAAUUUAAAAUUAUUAUGUCAGCAAGAAAAAAUGAUAACCUAAGAAAUUUUACAAUAAAAUCUACCACCUAAAGAAUACAGAUUGAAAAAUGGUCAAUUAUGGGUGCAAACUGUUUUAUCUACUCCUGCAACUAGAAUUGAAGUUGUCUAAUUAUAACAAGAGUUAGACAAAAGGUUAUUAUCAAGAGGAGCCAGAGAAACUGGUAUUUGCCCCAUCAGAGAAGAGUUAUAUGAAUAAUGUUUUGAUGAAUUGAUUAGAUAGAUUACAAUCGAUUGCAGUUAAAGAGGAUUAUUAUUAGUGAAGUAUGAAUUUAAUAUUUAAUAAUUUUUGAGUUCGAAACGAAUUUCGAAAUUAAUUGAAUUCAUACAAAACUCUAUAUGAAAGUUCCAUUGCAUACGGUAUGAGAAAAAUGAUAGAUGCUGAAUAAAAAAGAACAGAUAAAUCAAAUAAAAUUAUGUUUAUGGAUAGAGAAUGCUAAGAGUUAUAGAAGGCAGUCGAGGAUUUAGAGUAGAAAAUUUAGUAUACAAAAAAAGUUGAAACUGAGAAAUUAUAAAAAGUAACUAUUUUAAAUGUACUAAUUAAUAGGAAGCAGAAAACCAUAAAAAUGAAAUAGAAAAAAUUAGAGCAUACAAUAACUCUCUUAAAGAUGAGUUAGGCAGAUUAUUAGAAGGAAGAAGAUGACU